UUACUUUUCAAUUUUUGUCUUUGGGCCUUCGACUAACUUCACUUGUUGAUCUCCAGUCUUGGAGGUAGAGAUGGGGGAAGUGUUGGAUGCUAGAUAUUGGUGUCAUAUGUGCUCUCAAAUUGUGAACCCUGUCAUGGAAGUUGAGAUCAAAUGUCCAUUCUGCGAGAGUGGUUUUGUGGAAGAAAUGGAUAGGAGAAGAGACCGUGAUAGUGGUGACAACGAUUUGGGUUCUGACCGAGCACUCUCCCUUUGGGCUCCCAUCUUGCUGGGAAUGAUGGGUAGUGGUCCUCGACGCCGAAGAUUCAGAAGAGAAGAAGGCGACGAUGACAGUCAACGGGGAGAAUCAGAACAAGAGAGGGUGAUAGAAUCCAUCCUUAGGAGGAGGAGAAGAAGCUCAGCUGCCAUCCUUGAAUUGCUCCAAGGCCUUCGUGCUGGAAUCACAUCUGAAUCUGACAAUUCAGAGAGCGAUAGGGAAAGAGAACGAGAACGUGUUAUCCUAAUCAAUCCUUUCAACCAGGCAGUAAUUCUGCAGGGCUCCUUCGACCUGAACCAAUCUGAUAGCCAGAGUCAAAAUGCUUCUGGUUCCUUGGGUGAUUACUUCAUUGGACCUGGUUUGGAUCUAUUGCUGCAGCACUUGGCAGAGAAUGAUCCAAACAGAUAUGGAACCGCACCAGCACAGAAAGAGGCAGUUGAAGCAAUGCCUACUGUUAAAAUUGAGGAGAGCAUGCAGUGUUCGGUAUGCUUAGAGGAUUUUGAACUAGGUGCAGAAGCCAAGGAGAUGCUGUGUAAGCAUAGAUUCCAUAAUGGUUGUAUUCUGCCUUGGCUGGAGCUUCAUAGUUCUUGCCCAGUUUGUAGGUUUCAGAUGCCAGCUGAUGAAUCCAAGCUUGAUUCAGAUGCAUUCAUGAAUAGGGAUAACAGGGUGGAGAGCAGCAGUGGUAGCAGUGGCCAUGGCACUGAUCGAAGUGGUGGAGAGGGAAGUGAGGGGGGAAAUGGGAAUGGGAGAAGGUCUUGGGUUUCCAUUCCAUGGCCUUUCAAUGGGUUGUUUUCUUUAUCAGGAUCUCAGAGUGGUGGGAAUGAUUCUUCAGAAUCAUCUUAAUCCCCAGGGGGUUCGCGAAGUGCUUCUCAAACAGACGAAAACUGAAGAUACUCAUCAUGUAGCAUCCAUUAUCUUCAUCUUUUCUUUUAUCCUUCUUGACCUGGUGUCUCUUCUUCUGUACAUAGUCAUAGUCCUUUGUUUGCUGAAUUAUGAUCUUGCAAGGAUUAAGUACAAUUUUCCCUUCUUGUCUAUUCUCUAAGGUCUUGAUGUGUUUUUUUUCUUUUGGUUUUUUUGGG